AUGAACACAAAGAAGAGUGAGGAAGUUCUUUUAUCUUUCGAACCCGUUGUUCCGGACCAUCCAAAGGUGUUAAUACUUGGAUCAAUGCCUGGAGAAGAGUCUUUGAGGAAACAGCAAUACUAUGGUCAUCCACAAAAUGCGUUUUGGUUUGCGAUUUCGAGUCUUGCCGGGCUUGAAAUUCCCCCUAAGAGAUACAAUGACAAAAUCCAGCUGUUGCACAAAAAUCACAUAGCCCUUUGGGAUGUUUGUCACGAGUGUAUCAGAAAAGGGAGUCUUGAUGGAGACAUCAAGAAACCACUUCCAAAUGAAGUUAACAAACUUUUAAAGGAGCAUCCAUCCAUCACAAUUGUGUUGUUUAACGGGCAAACUCCAGAAAAGCUAUAUAAAAAGUUUUUCAAAUAUAUUGAUGGAAUCACAUACAAACAGAUGCCAUCAACAAGUCCAGCUUUUGCUUCUUUAAAACGUGAUCUGAAAAUCAACAUGUGGAGUCAAGAGAUGUUUGUCUGUUUCUUAUGUAUAAUUAUUUUUGGUAAAUUUUUAUUAAAAUUAUAG